AUGUAUACGAGUCAUGAAGACAUCGGGUUUGACUUUGAAGAUGACCCCAAAGAGAAGAAGACACUCAAGCCGCAUCCGGACAUUGACGGCGGCUGGGCCUGGAUGAUCGUCCUCUCCUCGUUCUUCGUACACAUCCUCAUCAUGGGCUCCCAGAUGGCCCUGGGCGUCCUCAACGUGGAGUGGCUGGAGGAAUUCCACCAGAGCCGCGGCCUCACCGCCUGGGUCAGCUCCCUGAGCAUGGGCGUCACGCUGAUUGUGGGGCCUUUCAUCGGCUUGUUCAUCAACACGUGCGGCUGCCGCUGGACAGCGAUCGUGGGCGGCGUGGUGAACGCGCUGGGCUGGGUGCUGAGCGCCUACGCGGCCAGCGUGUCCUAUCUCUUCGUUACCUUCGGCGUGGCGGCUGGCUUUGGCAGCGGCAUGGCCUACCUCCCCGCGGUCGUCAUGGUGAGCAGGUAUUUCCAGAAGCGCCGCGCGCUGGCUCAGGGCCUCAGCACCACGGGGACCGGGUUCGGGACCUUCCUGAUGACUGUGCUGCUCAAGUACCUGUGCGCCGAGUACGGCUGGCGCAACGCCAUGUUCAUCCAGGGCGCCGUGUCCUUGAACCUGUGCGUGUGCGGGGCGCUCCUGAGGCCGCUGGCCGCCGUGGAGGACAGGCCCGGCUCCGCAGAGCAGGAUGCGGCGGUCCUGGCGGCGCCCUCAGCCGAGUCUGUAAAGCCGGACGGGCUCGGGGGCGCGGACAGGGGUGGCGGGCCCGCCGAGGAGCCGUGCGCCCUGCCGGCCGCGGAGCGCAGGGACCCGGGGCGGUGCCGGCGGGACGCGUGCGCCCUGCGCGCACUCAAGGCCAUGGGCCGCCUCACCAGGAGCGCCAGGCGCGGCUUCCGGGACUGGUACGCCGGCUACUUCGGAACCGCCUCGCUGUUCACCAACCGCAUGUUUGUGGCCUUCAUUUUCUGGGCUUUGUUUGCCUACAGCAGCUUCGUGAUCCCUUUCAUCCACCUCCCGGAAAUCGUCAACCUCUACAACCUGUCGGAGCAGAACGACGCCUUCCCGCUCACGUCCAUCAUUGCCAUCUUGCACAUCUUCGGGAAGGUGAUCCUGGGCAUCGUGGCCGACCUGCCGUGCAUCAGCGUCUGGAACGUCUUCCUGGUGGCCAACUUCUCCCUCGUCAUCAGCAUCUUCAUCCUGCCGCUGAUUCACAGCUACACCGGCCUGGCGGCCAUCUGCGCUCUCAUCGGCUUCUCCAGCGGCUAUUUCUCCUUGAUGCCCGUAGUGACUGAAGACUUGGUUGGAAUCGAACACCUGGCGAAUGCCUACGGCAUCAUCAUUUGUGCCAAUGGCAUCUCAGCGUUGCUGGGACCACCUUUUGCAGGGUGGAUCUAUGACAUCACACAGAAAUAUGACUUUUCCUUCUACAUAUGCGGUUUGCUUUACACGGUAGGACUUCUCUUUCUACUCAUCCAGCUGUGUGUUCGGAUUAUAGCACAAUCCAGGAAGAAGUACGUGGAAGGUGCCUGUGUGUAG